GGCGUCCCAUACGGAUGGGACUGAACGGCAUGGCAGUUGCAUGAAUCUGGGGAAGCGGGAUAGGAUGGCUACUUGUAUAUUAUAAUACCCCCGUCUUCCUCUACCCAUCAAUGCAAAACGCCGCUAACUAUCACUUCGUUCACACUGGCGAUUCUUCCAUUGAUUCAACAUGGCUAAGUUUGCCAUCCGACGUCUAUGGCUGGUGACAGCCCUUACCACCAUAGGCGGCCUCAUCCAAGGCUUCGAUGUCUCCAGCAUGUCCGCAAUUAUCGGCACACCGCAGUACACGUCCUACUUCCACCACCCAGACUCCACAAUGCAGGGGGGCAUUACAGCCUCCAUGGCCGGAGGCUCUCUCCUCGGUUCCCUCUUCUCCUCCGUCGUCAGUGACCGCAUCGGACGUCGCGAUACCAUGUUCGGCGCUUGCAUCGUCUUCGUCAUCGGCUCGAUCCUCAUGAGCGCAGUGCAAAAUCUGAGCAUGCUCAUCGUCUCCCGCAUCGUCAACGGCUUCGCUGUCGGUAUGCUGACGAGUCAGGGGCCUAUUCUGCUGGCUGAGCUGGCUCCUCCCAACAAGAGAGGCCGCCUUAUUGCUGUACAGCAGUGGAAUAUAACCUGGGGCAUUCUGAUCAUGUACUUCGUUUCGUACGGCUCGUCAUUUAUGAAGUCGAAUGCCUCCUUUCGUCUACCGUGGGCCUUGCAGAUGAUACCAGCCAUUGUCCUCAUGGCAUGCAUCCCUUUUAUGCCUCGCUCGCCACGCUGGCUGGCUGGGCGCGACAGAUGGGACGAAGCCAUCCAAGUGCUGGCAGACGUCCACGCAAGAGGGAACCGCCUAGAUCCUCUCGUCGUCGCACAGAUCCGAGAGAUCCGGGAAUACCUUACUGCAGAACGGGAAAGCGGAAACGGCGCCUGGUCUGACCUGCUGAAGCGGGAGAAUUUUGCCCGGGUCUCUACCAGCAUACUCACACAUAUCUGGGCGCAGUAUACCGGCCAAAACGCGCUCAUGUACUACAUCGUGUACAUCUUCCAGAUGGCUGGAUUGAAGGGACAGCAGAACCUCCUCAUCUCUUCAAUCCAAUACAUCAUCCAGGUCGUCGCCCUGGUGCCAGGCCUCAUCUUCAUGGAUCGCUGGCCUCGCCGAUACGUCAUGCUGCUCGGCUCCUUCGUCCUAGGAGCGACAUGCUUCACAGUCAGCGGUGUCAUGGCCUCGUACGGACACAAGGUACCCGGCGGCCUUGACGGUAGCAAGACAGUAACCUGGGUUGUGGACAACAAGGCCGCCGCAAGAGGUAUAAUUGCGUGUGCAUACAUCUUCGUCGCCACCUACGCUACGACGUGGGGCCCUGUUGGAUGGAUCUAUCCUCCAGAGGUUAUCCCGUUUUCCAUCCGGAGCAAGGUGGUUUCGUGCGCCACGGCAGCCAACUGGGCCAUGAAUUUCUCGCUUACCUUCUUCACGCCUCCCGCGUUCCAAAAUAUCCAAUGGCGGACUUUUCUCAUCUUCGGAUCGUUCUGCGUGGCGAGCUUUAUCACUGUCUUUCUUUUCUUCCAGGAGACGCGUGGUAAGAGCUUGGAGGAGAUGGACCACGUGUUUCGCAAUGAGUCGGUUUGGGCCUUCCUCGUGGACACGAAGAAGCCUAGCGCGAUUGAAGUGGAUGUUCAGCAAGCGGCUGAGGAUAAGAAUGACACGAUAAGGGAAGAGUUGGCGUUCAUAGCAAACAAGGUGUGAGAUGGAGGGCCUCAGAAAGCCUGCCAUGUGGAGGACAAAAGGGGAUGGGGCGUCGUAAUCCAUCAUUUUUGUCCGACUUUAUCCAGAAACGUGGCCUCAAUACUACAUAGCGCCAGUCCACACUUAAUUUCAACACUGUAC